AUGAACAUAAAAGACGUUCCAACACUUUCUAUCGUUAUUUUGUGGACGAUACUGCUACUGUUGCCUGUAAAUAUACGCGGAUUUCCCUAUGAAUUUCGGGAUGACACGUCAGCUACAGAUAAUGACAGCACGUACCAUCCAUACAAGAGAAAUGGAGACGGACUGACAUCCCUGUGCCCUGGAGGCGUCAACAAACUUCGCUGUAUACACUCUUACCUAAGUCUCUACGCCAGGAUCCAGAAUGGACUAACCGAUCCCGUGUCCGUUAGAAACAUCGGCAAAAGGAAUAUGCCAUAUGACAAAAAGGGUGUGCUCAUGUGCCCUCCGAGCAUGGAUAAAAUAAAAUGUUAUGACAACGCUAUCGAGUACUACAUCCGGGUUAUGAAGAUGAUGUCAUCCUAA